CAAAUGGAUCAUGGAAAUCAGUCCACGGUGUCAGAAUUUGUACUUCUGGGGCUCUUCCAUUCCUUGAAUAUUCAGGUUUUACUCUUCGUGAUAUUUUCCACACUUUACAUCAUUAUUGUAUCUGGAAAUAUUGUCAUUGUGAUCUUAAUCAUCACUGACCCUCAUCUCCACUAUCCCAUGUACUUCCUGCUGGCCAAUCUGUCCUUCGUCGACAUGUGGCUUUCUUCUAACACCACUCCUAAGAUGAUCACAGGCCUCCUGCAGAAGAACAAGACCAUUUCCUUUGGAGGCUGCAUGUGCCAGAUCUUCUUUGCCCAGUGCAUUGCUGCACUUGAGAUGGUGCUUCUUGUAGUAAUGGCCUACGAUCGCUAUGUGGCCAUCUGUAAACCACUCCAUUACACUACCAUUAUGAGCCUGCAAAGGUGCACUGGGUUGGUGGGGACUGCCUGGACCAUUGGCUUUGUGCAUGCCCUCAGUCAAAUUGUGUUUAUUGUACAGUUACCCUUCUGUGGCCCCAAGGAAAUAGAUAGCUUUUUCUGUGACAGGCCACUGGUAAUCAAGCUUGCCUGCAUGGAUACCCGUAGUUUAAACAUUUUCAUGAAUGUUAACUGUGGGUUUGUGGCCAUUACUUCCUUUGUCCUUUUGUUGAUAUCCUAUACAUAUAUUCUUCUCACCGUCUGCAAAAGCUCUAAGACUGGAGCAUCCAAGGCCCUCUCUACCUGCACUGCCCACAUCACUGUGGUGGUGCUCUUCUUUGGGCCCUGCAUCUUCCUUUACGUAUGGCCACUCAGCAUCACCUGGAUUGACAAAUUUCUUGCUGUGUUUUACUCUGUGUUCACACCUCUCCUAAAUCCGAUCAUUUAUACUCUGAGAAAUAAAGAGAUGAGAAAUGCUAUGAAGAGAUUCCGAAGCUACAUGUGUUCCUAG